AUGGAUACUGUCUAUGGCACCAAGAAGUAUUUCCAGAGUUUGUCUGGAGUCAGUGAUAUUUAUCGAACUCAGACAUGUCGACAAAUGAACACCUCCGAAUACAACUAUCAGAACACGCUGGGCAGGCGAUCACAGCUGGGCGCCUAUUAUCAUAUGAAUAAGCAGCCAUCCUAUACGAAUGAUCAUAGCAUCAACAGUCAGUAUGGCUAUAAUACCUGGGGCAUCUGGCGAGAUGGUCGAAAUAUAGCGCCAUCUACAUUUUCGACCAAAACACAUGCGCAUUAUCCAAAGAACCGAUCCUUCUCGAUAAUUCUCACCACGGCGGCGUUUAUAGUACUUUUGGCCGUCAUCUCCAUUGCCGGAUUGGCCUUUUACUUUAGUUCCAUUAAGGCUACGUUGGAGGAUCCUGUUCUUGGCUUUGAGGGUUCCUUUCGCAUAGCCAAGGGAGAUCUCUAUUCCACGGGCUUAAAAUAUAAUCACACUACGACCUACAAACAGAAGAUUGAUUUUUACAAACGCUUUGUGGAGCGUGCACUGACGGAUAAUGGUUUACAGCCCCUACGCACCGAUGUCUGGGGAUUUGGCGAGGGUCCAUUGAUAAAGGUUUCCUUCCGCAUUUUUCUGGAUGUCCGCAAGUUACCACAAAUGCUAUUCCUGGAAACAUCGGCUAGCAAGUCACUCUAUCGAUCGAUACGCCUGGACACCGACUCCAUGGAGAUAAAACGCAUUCUGGAUGAGCAGGUGGUUCGCUCUGCGGGCAUUUUAAAGGAGGCUCAAACUGUUCCCACAAGUCAAACGCAGCUGGAGAAGCGUCUGAUGAAGAAGGGCGCCAGUGGAGCGGCCGGAGCACCACUGCAGACCAAGCCAAGCGGUGUGAGCACACCGAAACCACGUAAUCCAGCGGCACGUCCACAUUCCCCCGAUGAUGAGCCGGACAUUGAUGUGGAGAAUGCACCGGUUAUACAGGGUUCCUUCGAGGGAUCCUUUGAGAUCACCAAAACAGAUGCGGAUAUUGCACGCAAGAAGCCAUCUCCCACAAGAUCUUAUCAGAGCACCAGUCUGCCUCCCAAGACCAUUUCCGUGACGCCUUAUUCGCUGCGUGUAAAGCCCAAGAAACCGGGCAUUGAGAAGCUAACGACGGUGACGCCACGAGAGAUUCCCACGAGUAGUACUAGACAGUCUUCGACCACGACUACAACGACCAAGGCGACGACGAGGAAACCCAAGACUACAAUCACCACAACCGCAAGAACCACACCAAAAACCAGCACAACAACUAGCGCAACCACAACAACAACAACCACAACCACAGCGAAACCCACUACAACCAGCUCCACAACAAGCACAACAACAACAACUACAACAACCACAACUCCACCACCUCCUCCUCCGUCCUCCUCCACCACGCCCAGCAGCAGCACCACCACAUUUACUUACCCCUCAGUAGCACCACCCUCCUCCACCGUUGUGGUGCCCAAGCUGGAUGCGAAUCUCUUUACCACAUUCCCCAUCCUAGACACACAACCCUGGCGUCCUAUACAUCGUGAGGUGCCCGAACUUUUACCCGGACCACCGCCCGCCUUUCCCACCAAGACGCUACCAGGAAUGGGCAUAGGCGUACCCUCGACCACGCCCACAGUCAAUCAUAUACCACAGCGUCGCAUCGAUGAGAUGGAGCUGCCUUUCAUAGCGGACAAUCCGACGCCUCCGGCAGCUGCCAUGCCAGUCAUGGGCGUCACCAUGGAUCCCUACCUGGCCAUGUCCGGAUUUAUGGCGGGCAACAAGCGCCAGCCGGAUGGGAAAUUGGAUCAUCCCAGUCAGCAGGAUCAGGAUAUGUUGUUCUAUCAUAAUUUUGGCAAUCCCGUUUUCUUGCCGGGCACGGAGAACAUUGAGAGAUUGGGCGGAGCACUCGUUGAACCACAUCCUUUGCCUGUGCCCUUGAUUGAUGAUGUGCUCAUUCCGCCCUUUAGACCCAUGAAUCCUACAAUGGGCGGCAUGAAUAAAUUGCAGUUUAAUAUUGAUGGCAACAAUGAGAAAUUCGAGCAUCUUGGCGGUGGCGUCAUUGCCAAGAAGCAGGAGAACUCCACACAGCAGCUGGACAAAGCGGAGUCCAAGCUGGAGGAGUCCUCAACUUCCAGCUCGUCUACAAUUUCAGUUACUGGCUCCACAACGCCGCUGAAGAUUGAGCUGGGUAAUAAACCCACAAGUGCUCCUUCCUUGGCUGUUCUGAAGCCAACGGAGAACUCUGUCUUGGCGGACACCAUAGGAGAGUUCUUUAUGGAGCUGCUGAAUUUGCCCAAGGAGGAUAACUCCACGACUACAACGACAACAACUACGCCGGAACCCAUCGAAUCCCGCAUAGAACCGGAGGAAGAGGAAGCGCAGGCGGAAACGGAAGUGGGAUCCCAGUUACACGCCUCCAAAUCCAAGCCGAACUUUAUGAAUCUCAAGGAAAUUAUACUGCAAAGAAAUACGCCAAUUGCCGACUCCACAACCACAACAACAACAACAACAACCACCACAACCACAACAACUGCAACUCCCUCCACGACCAAAAGGAACCGCAUCCGUCCAAGCAGCGAGCGACCCACCAUGUUGGAUGACUCCAAUCUGUUUCCCUCGCACUCCAAGUGGGAGUUUGUCAACAGCUCCUCGCCCCUCAAUUUUGGCUACAAUGGCAACAUGAGAAAGGUCUUCAAUAAGACCCUGCAAGCUUGGGUUUCCGAGGAUGUGGAGAAGACGGAGAACCUAACGCUGCACGACAUCAAGACGCGUAUUAACAAUGCCAGCAAUAUACAGGAUAUAUCUCUAAUCUUUGAUACACUCGCCUCCAAGCUGGGCAUCACUCCAAGUGCUUCCACAAAGUUUCCUCCCUUCUCGCCCAAUAAACUGAAGCACAGUCUGAGAAAUGAGACCAAGGUAAAGCUCAUCUCAACCACGACAGAGUCCUCCAUUAUACCAGAGUCGAGUGUUAAGAAUUUUAUUGAGUUGCCGCUGCAACAACGUGAACCAUUUAUUAAGCCCAUGUCGAGUUUUAUGGACGAUGGAUCCUCUGAAAUACUGGGAGCAGCUAUUCCGGUUGUGGGCGAGGCGGAAGUUGAAGUCAUUGAUCCCGUUAAGUAUGAGGAACUAUUAAAGACUUCCCAGUUUGCCGAGUCCACCUCGACGGAGCCAAGUCCACAUCGUUUGGUUACCUUACUCCCGGUGCGUUCCAACUCGGGCAUUCGCACCUAUAAACCAGUUUCCGAGGAAUCGAAUUUCGAAUUUGAAUCGCAGCGCAGUCAAAGUGAGAUUGUUCCUGUCUCCAUCAAGCCCAAGAUCCAGUCCAACAUACGUCGCAAGAGCAAUGUCAAUCAGAGCCGUAGAUUUGGUCAACCUCCGGCGGAGGCGGUUGUCAAAGGUGGCAUCAAGGUCACGGUUAAAAAGUAAAUCCCCCAAUUAGCUUCCAAGUGAGAUUAAUUAAGCAAAACAUUUACAAUGGAAUUUUAACUUAGGAAUGCAUUUUUAUAAGAACUAACGCAUAAGUAGAGAAUUUAAGAUCAGUUUAUAUAGUCCUACAAAAA